AUGUCAGCCCGAAACAAAAUGGGACUUGAGCAGGCCGGAAGUGCCGUGCCGAGUUCCACAUCAGGGUAUGUUUCCACCAGCCGACAUUCAAAAACUUCGGAAAGUCGCAGAUCCGGUGACCGGCAAGUAGUGCGUGGAAUGGAUUCCGUACGUUCGUUUUUUUCCAGAAACUGUAAACCAGCGGAGGUGAACAAACCGUCGAGUUGCCGGAGAAGGGCGUUGCAGACGUCACUCCCGGUGGAAGGGGGUAACACUACACGAGGGGAAAUAGUUGCGAAGUCAUUAGACUCUUGGAUUACGAAGAGACCAGCGAGCGCUUCCGCAUCGCAUGAAGUACCAGCGAAGGUUCCCGAUAAGAGAAGAUUUAUACGGCUGUCGCAGUCGUCGCUUUCCUCCAUCAUGACUGAUCAAAGUUUAGUCACGCAACCACUUCUCGAUACACCAGAAGGGUAUGAUCACACUGCAGGGUUAAGGGUGGAAAGUGAAUCGGGGGAUUUGGUGUCGGCGUGUACUCAACGUCCGGUUAAAAACAGUCACUGUGUUUCCCCUUCCCUUCGCUGUUCCAACGUCGGGGAACCCCAUUUAUCCAUCUCGAAACAACUGACAGAUGACAAAUGCCGUAUCGGUAAGCACAAUGGAUCAACAAAAUAUAUGAAUAAUGUCGUUUCGUCUUUGCCCAUCUCCAUUUAUUCCUCACCGGAAACAUUCAGUUGCAGUAACGAAGCCACUCAGCAAUCGAAUGGGAAGGAGGGAAAAGUGAAGGCGGAGAAGAGGCCUCGGCCGCAAAUGUCACCGGGGCAACACACAUCAAUGUGCAGUGCGGAUCAAAACCAGAUGGCGGUGUCGAACGAUAGGGAAAUGGAUGAGCGAGAGCGAUUAGGAACUGAGCCUUCUAACAAACUAGAGCUGCCUCGGGGAGUGCUGGGAAUCGAAGGAAUUUUGUCGUUUGAAGAGAAUCCGGCACUUGCAAGGGCUGAUUUUAAUGUUGGCUUGCGUGUGUUGGUGCAGCGGGAAGGAGAGUGGCUUUUUGCCACUGUCGUGUCGCGGGAGGAAAAUGGUUACGUGGAUGUUUGUCUGGAGGGUAACGGAACCACGAUUCGGUCGACAACGAGUAACCUCCGAGUAGAUGAAGCGAAAACUGGCAGCAGUACAGAAAGGAAGAUAAGCAGCGGGAAAGACGAGAAGUGUGCUCCGUUAGUGUCGUCUCCGAAACAAACCAAUUUGGAAGUGAUUGGGAUGAGCGAGGCGACUUCUCCCAACCUGACAGCACCGGAAAAGACACAAACAGGGCCUUGUGAAGAAGUAAGUAGUAAGCGGGUACAUCCCUCGGUAAUUUUGAUGUAUGUUUCUCCCACGGUAGGAGAACGUCUAGGUAAAGAUGCGCUACAUGUGCUACGAAAUUUAACGAAAUCGGGGACAACACUUGUGGAUUCACCCCAAAAGCUGCAGGGAGCAUCGCAAAGGAUAAUGUCAGCAAAAGAACAAUAUGGAGUUCCACAGCAGUGCGGAAAACAUUUGUGGGGUAUUUGCUUCGUUCUUGUUUCUGGUACCGCCGAGCAUUAUGCAAGGGAGGUUAGAAUUAUUGAUGAGGCGCAUGCUGUUGGUAUAUCUGCAGUAUCUCUAAAGUGGUUGGAGCGAUUACACAAUGAAGGUUCGUGGAAUGCAUCUAGUGUGUCGCUGCCGUAUCCGGAGGAGUUGAUGGAUCAGAAUGACGGAGGCGUCUUUCGAUGUUCGCUACUGCGUGAGGCUGAGCGAACUCUGCGUCAACAUUUGGUGUACAUCCCCAUAGCUGACCCCGAUAUAGAAAAUCUCAUAGAGCUUAGUGGUGGAAAGGUGACGAGAACACUUCCGCCGAAUAAGCAGAACUGUCCAGGGCCUUCAGAUCCUCACUGGAUAUAUGUCAAAGACGGGAAUCAAAAUCCACUUCGUACAAGUCAUCCAAGCAUCAAAACACUUAGUCUCGAAAGGUUACGAAAGCGCAUACACAGUUAUUUCGCGACUCUUCCAUCAUCGUUCAGUGGCCAGGAUGAUUGUACGUGCUUCGACGUUAAGGCUGAUGGUACGCUGGUGGAUAAGUGCCUGAAGACGCAAGAUGAUGAAAAUACCGCGUCUGAUGGCGAAACAGCAGCGACAAAAAUGGGCGGGGAGGAGCAUGAUUUCACAUUAUUUGCUCGACCGUGCGACUACCCGACCCGCGAAGAGCCUAAGAUAUUACCAGGAGAAGACUAUUACUUUCGUCUUCCACGUGGGGACGACCGGGAGGGCCAAAUAAAUCAAGCGUUCCCCGUGGCAAUGGGUCGCGUUUUGAAUGUUAACGGAUCCAGUGCCCAUGGUCGCACAGUGACCAUGCAGCUUUACCGCAUUACCCGUGUGUACCAUGUGCAAGACCCACAAACGGGAAGUAUCACCAGCCGUCAGUGUGUCUGCUUGGGACCCGAAACCGUGAGCGUCAUGGAGUCUGAUCUCAUAUUCGACACAGGUCCCUUUGUUUUCCCCCUGGAAGCCAUGCAACACCUUUACAUUUUGGAACAGCAGCAGGACUGCCGCGAUGGGGCGUCCGCCGGGCCACCUGCAUCUCCUUGGAACUCGCAGUUUUCAACGAUGGCACCGCGUCCCACUCAGUUCCGCCACCGAUAUUCAUAA